AACGCGCCAAGUGCUCCCCGCCUCCGGGGGCUCCAGGUUCUUCUCGUAGGGAAGUUGGAGGAUUCUAGGCUGGCAAGAAAGAACCUGAGCCUGUGGUCUCACGGUUGUCCCUCCCACUGCGCCCAAACCCCACUGCCAAUGGGAGAGGGGGAAGAGAAGAACACUGAAGAAAUCUGGCUGCAGCUGCGGCCUGUGGAGCCCUUGCCUUCCCAGUGCUGCGGCAGUGGCUGCUCACCCUGUGUGUUUGACCUCUAUCACCGAGACCUGGAAAGAUGGAAGGCAGCCCAAACCAGCAACGACAGGAGUCUGCUGAGUGGAAAGCAGUCACAGAGCUGCUCCACCAAGUUGAGACCAGAGACCUUCCUAGCCUUCCACAUCUGUGGUGUGGAGAAACUCACCAAAGACACCUAUCUUGUCCGGUUUAUACUGCCUGCGAACAGCCAGCUUGGCCUGCAUCCUGGCCAGCACCUUGUCUUACGAGGAGUAGUAGAUGGCCUAGAAAUUCAGAGAGCCUAUACUCCCAUCAGCCCUGCCACUGCAGAAGGAUACUUUGAUGUUUUAAUUAAGUAUGGGGAACUUCUCAUGCUGGCUGCAGGCACAGGCCUGGCUCCUAUGGUGCCCAUCCUGCAGAGCAUCACAGACAAUGCCGACGAUGAAACCUUUGUCACCUUGGUCAGCUGCUUCAAGACCUUUGAGGGCAUCUACCUGAAGACCUUCCUCCAGGAGCAGGCCGGGUUCUGGAACGUGCGCACCUUCUUUGUUCUCAGUCAGGAGACCUCCCCAGAGCUCCUUCCCUGGAGCUACCGUGAGAAGACUUACUUCGGCCGCCUGGGUCAGGAGCUGGUUGAUGAACUGGUGAGCCGCUGCCGGAGAAAGCCAUUUGCAUUGGUCUGUGGCUCACCUGAAUUUACCAAGGACAUGGCUAGGUGCUUGCUGUCUGCCGGCCUGAUGGAAGACUCCUUCUUCCUCUUCUAACCCUAACUGUAGGCCUUCUACAGAGGUACAGGAAGGCGCCCAGACUGGAAGGGGCCCAGGCUAGAGUCAAAAGACAUGGAGUCCAGGCCCUGGCCCCGCUGCUGACUUGUCCAGAGACCUUGGGCAAGUGCCUUUGUCCUUGGAACCUCCAUUUCCUGUCUGCCCUAUAAGUUUUGUCAUUCUCUCCUGGCAUCCUGCUGUGUGGAACAAGACCAGCAAAUAGCCCCAGGAGCCAGGGAAGACUACUCCAAGGGAGCCAAGGAAAUCAAGUCCUGCUGAGCCCAAGAUGGUGGAAGUUGGACUGGGGGAGGGGCGAGGAGCCUUCCUCACCUUCCAGAGGGCCCAGUUGGGGUUCCUGCUGCUUCCUCAGCACCUUUCAGAAUUGGUGCUAAGUGUUUAGGAGAUAACUUCAGAAGCACAGAGCUCUUUGAAGGACCUUUACUUCUCUACAUUGCCCUGGAUUGUCUCUUCUCUGCACCAACCUGCGAUCAGCAUCAUGCUCAGUCUCCCUUUCCUGGCUCAAGAGCCCAGCCUAGAGUCCUUUCCUCACAAAAGAAGAGGCAGGGAGGCAAAUGCCCCUCCUUCCUGUAGGCAGCCGCUCAGCCCUGUGCCUUCAGCUCGGUGCCCUGGUGACGGUUGCUAUGGAGAUCUAAAGAUAGAGCAGGAGUCAAGAGACCUGGGUCCCUCUUCUAGCUCUGCCCACUUCAUGGCUGCCAAUCCAGCUCCACCCAGCCCCCCACCCCACCAACUCCAUCCUACAUGCAUGCCCUCUCCAGGGAACUAGCUGCCCCUGGGCAUCACAUUGACUUAAUGAAUUCUGCUUUUUACAGCCUGGGCCCCGGUGUGCUGCGCCAGCACAGGCUGGCUACAGGCAGCCCCAGACUUGGAAUAUUCGACAAUGGAGUGCUAGAAGCAGAGAGCUGAGAACCUUCAGGAUUAGGAUUUUGUAGUCAGAAUUGCAAUCCUCCCAGCAGAGAUGAAGUUCAGGUGCCAGAAAGCCCCAUCUAACAGACUCUUUGUACAAAUGGGGAGUCCAAGUUCCCAUGAGGUUCAGGGACUCGCCCAGCAUGAAAUAGUUCAUGGUAGAGCCAGCUCUAGAAGUCUCCCAUCACCUCCUACUCAUGGUGCUCCACAGGGCACUGGGGCACCUUGCCUGGAUGGUAGAGGGGCCUCCAGAUCUGUCUCAAGCAUAGCAGGUCUGUUUUCACCUCAUCUUUAUAGUGGAGCUUGGAUAACUUUUAUUUGUCAGAAAGGACUUUUCCAUUCCACCAGCAAAAUCACAGUUCUCCAUGCUGGACCAUGUUCAAUAGUCACAGCGAGCAGCUGGGGAUGGAGAAAGAUUUCACACUGCAUCUAAGGGGCAAGGGUUCUCUUGUCAGUAGGGUGUGGGACCAUACCAUAUGACGUCUCAGAACCAAAUGCCAGGAGUACAUUAAAGCUCUGCAAACAUAAGUCAAGAAGCUUCA